UUGUCUUAAAAAGACAGUACAUACUUUUAUGUUCUUAUCUACCAGCACUAACUCUUCUCUGAAAAAGGGAGUAGAUUUUUCAAUUUGUGUUAUGCCAAGUAUCAUUCAAAGGAUGGUGCUAAUAGCUUGGAUUCUCUUCUGUGGAAAAUAGUGUAUGCCAGGAGUGGAAGGUUUUGGAAAGCUAAACUGGAGUUAAAGUAUAUGCUGUCUUUUUAAGGAAAUUUUAAAAAGGGAAACAAAAAAAAAAAAAAGAUAAGAUUCUGUCCUUUCACCUGUUGUCUGCAAUUUUUUUGCUGUUACUUCUCUUUUGCCCUACUGCUGCCUCGUGCAAAGCAGGAGAUUCAGGAUGGACACAAUGGCUAUCAUUCUGAAGCAGAACCUGAUCAGGCACUGCGGGAUGGAAACAAACUGGCACAGAUGGAAGAGGCUCCACUUUUUCCUGGAGAAUCAAUCAAAGUUAUUGCUAAGGAUGUUAUGUAUAUCUGUCCAUUUAUGGGAGCAGUCAGUGGCACGCUCACAGUGACGGACUUCAGAAUGUUUAUCAAAAGUGUGGAGAGGGAUCCACCUUUUGUUGUUGAUGUUCCCCUUGGAGUUAUAAGUAGGGUUGAAAAAAUUGGAGUACAGAGCCAUGGAGACAAUUCAUGUGGUAUAGAAAUAGUUUGCAAGGAUAUGAGAAAUUUGCGGCUGGCCUAUAAGCAGGAAGAGCAGAACAGACUGGAGAUCUUUGAAAACCUUGUAACACGUGCAUUUCCUGUUUCUAAUGGGCUGCCUCUUUUUGCAUUCAGCUAUAAAGAAAAGUUUGCUGUUAAUGGCUGGAAAGUGUAUGAUCCAAUGGCAGAAUAUAAGAGGCAGGGCUUGCCCAAUGAGAGUUGGAAAAUAUCCAAAAUUAACAGCACCUAUGAGCUCUGUGAUACAUACCCUGCUGUUCUUGUAGUGCCAACCAGUGUAAAGGACGAUGACCUCUCAAAAGUGGCAGCAUUUAGAGCAAAAGGGAGAGUUCCUGUGUUAUCCUGGAUUCAUCCUGAGAGUCAAGCGACGAUAACACGAUGCAGCCAGCCAUCAGUUGGGCCAAAUGAUAAACGUUGCAAGGAAGAUGAGAAAUAUUUGCAGACAAUUAUGGAUGCCAAUGCUCAGUCACAUAAACUUAUCAUCUUUGAUGCCAGGCAGAAUAGUGUUGCAGAUACAAACAAGGCUAAAGGUGGAGGAUAUGAAAGUGAAAGUGCCUACCCAAAUGCAGAGCUGGUCUUUCUGGAGAUUCAUAAUAUACAUGUCAUGAGAGAAUCCCUGCGGAAACUUAAAGAAAUUGUUUAUCCUACGAUUGAUGAGACUCGGUGGCUGUCAAACGUGGACUCCACACACUGGCUGGAAUACAUAAGGAUGCUUCUUGCUGGAGCAGUAAGAAUUGCGGAUAAAAUUGAAUCUGGUAAAACCUCUGUAGUGGUGCACUGCAGCGAUGGCUGGGACCGAACUGCACAGCUCACUGCACUGGCCAUGCUCAUGCUGGACAGCUAUUACAGAACCAUCAAGGGCUUUGAAGUUCUUGUAGAGAAAGAAUGGAUAAGUUUUGGACAUCGAUUUGCGAUGCGAGUGGGACAUGGAGAUGAUGAUCACGCGGAUGCCGACAGAUCUCCCAUCUUCCUGCAGUUCAUUGACUGUGUUUGGCAAAUGACAAGGCAGUUUCCUGCAGCCUUUGAAUUCAAUGAGUUAUUUUUGAUCACCAUUCUGGAUCACCUUUAUAGUUGUCUCUUUGGGACUUUCUUAUGCAACUGUGAAAAAGAGAGAUUAAAAGAGGAGGUGAGCACAAAGACUGUAUCUCUGUGGUCCUAUAUAAACAGCCAGUUAGAGGAAUUCACAAAUCCCUUCUAUGUAAACUAUGAAAACCAUGUCCUGUAUCCUGUUGCCAGUCUGAACCAUUUGGAGCUGUGGGUGAACUACUACAUCAGGUGGAACCCCAGGAUGCGGCCUCAGGUUCCAAUCCACCAAAAUCUUAAAGAACUGCUGGCCAUCAGGACAGAGCUUCAGAAGAAGGUUGAGGAUUUGCAGCGGGAAGCUGCCACACGUUCCAUUUCCUCCUCCUCUGACAGAGGCUCAUCUCCUUCCCAUUCUGCCACACCAGUGCACACCUCUGUGUGAUGUGGAACGAAAGCCAUGUGAAAAAAACAGUGUCAGGUAACACAGAGGAGGGUGAAAUGCUUUUCCAUCACUAAAGGAUUGUGAGUGACUCGUGAUUGCUAUGAUCUACAUGCCUUACUCUGUGGCUGAUAUUAUCACCAUGAGGCCAAAAAGAGCUUCAGUAGAUGUGAUGUAUUUUCUUGUUGGCAGUUCCCACAUGUGUUUUGACACUCUAGUUAAGUCACCAAUCGUGAAAUUAAACUUUGUUUUGAGCAACUAACAAUUUAACCAUUCUAAAAAGGAAUCCAUCUGCCAAGCAGACAGAAAAAUGCCUCACACAUUGUCUAGAGUACUAUGCCUGGUUGAGAGAAUCAGAUGAAAUGCCACAUGAUGCUUACACAGAACACAAAAUGUUUUUCUGAAUGGGAGCUCCUUAUUUCACUCAGUAAUAUAUAUAUAUAUAUAUAUUUUUUUUUUUUUUUUUUUUUGCUAGAACAAUUUAUUUUUUUUAGGCAAUGCACUUGGAAAUUGAUUUUAAAGUAAAUGUUUUCCAGUGUAGUCAGUUUUACAUUUUGAACUAAAUAUGCCAUUAAAAGUGGAUGAAGUUGAGCUGGGUUUAUCAAGUACACCACACUGACUUGUAUGAUGUAAUAUAUUUGGUAAAGCAUGUAUUUUAGGUUUUUUAAUGCCUUUUGUACAAGUUGAAAUAAAGUCUUUUGACUGUUUAGCUUAUUGUUCAGUUUCAGCCUCCCGAGCGAGGGGUAAACUUGCUCAUGUCAAGGUCUUGUACAAAGUAAAAGUUUGUUUUCUAGCAAAUGGUAAUAUUUGGGGUUGGAAUGACACCCAGCUGUGUAAAUUGUAUAGUCUGUAUAGCUCCACAUUGUGAAGUGCGUUUUGUUUCUGGUGUACACACAAAAUGCAAAGCUGUGUGCGUUUAUACCCAUGUGUAUGUGAUGUUAAACAUAUGCAUCCUCCCGUGGGUUUAAGCUGUACCUUCAGAAAAUGGAUCCUGCCUGUCCAAACCCUUCUGAGGACCUUAACUUGCAAUGACUUUGUUUGACAAAGUUUUUUGAAUAAUAUGAUAUUAAUUGUUUUUCUUGAAAUAAAGCCUCUUGGCUUUUUGUUUUUUAAAUUCCUACUAGCAUUUUUUCUGUAAUAAUUUAACUGUGUUGUCAUGUUAAAUAUACAUUCCCAACUUUCUUGCAUCUCCCCCCAGAAAUACUCAUAUUGGAGAGAUUUGAUUACUGUGACAUUCCUCCUUUUAGAAAAUUACUCACUGGCAUUCUUGGAAGGCCUAGAAAUGGUGCAUGCUGCAAAUUUUCCCUGGAUCGUUUUCCUGCUGUGUUUCAUGAAAAUCUGGUUCUUCUCCUUAGGAAACUUAAAUAUUGCAGCUCUGCUUUUUGACUCGUGCUUGUAUUGCUCCAGGUUCUGCUGGUGGGAAUUAAGCCCCAUUUUUAAGAGCCAGUUGAUUCUUUAUGGUGCUUGUGGGUUUUACUGACUGUGAGUAUUCAUUUGUUGCUGCACUUUUGUUCCCAAUACACGACGGCUUUUCUGUGUCUCCUUCUCUGCAUUAACUCUACCCAGCACACAGCUAAUGAGCCAGGUGAGCUGCUGAGCACCUUCCCACCUUCAGCUGGAGAGGCUGAAGUGCUGUAUCCACUCUUGCACGUUUACUGUGCAGUGCAGGGUACUUCAACAUGGCCUUUUUACUGUAGCGAAUGCUUUUUAUAAUAAAUAUUCACCUACACAAACACAGUUUGGGAAGGCUUGCAGUGGUGCAUCUCUUAAUCGACUUAAGACUUUUUCUAAAUAGAUGAAAG